AGCAGCCACGAGGGCACAGGAGGGUGGGUGGCAGGGCCCUGCUGCCUUCCAGAAGGACAGGACCUGUGACUAUAGGAAAAGCUGGAGGACAUGGGGGAAGGCUCUAGGUGGAGGGACACAUUUAUAAAUUCAGUACCACGAAGGUGGGGAGGAACAAAGCUUUAUUUUCUUUAGUGAUAGUCUCAGGGUCAUGCUGGCCACCGGGACUACAUGUGUCAGCAUGGAGUCACCAGGAAGAAGGCCAGAAAGCAGUAGGAGGGGGCUUAAAUGGGGCAGUCACAGCUUUUGGCUGUAGCUGCCUCAAGUACAUUUUCUGGACUUCUCAGGACCCAGGAAGAUGCCAGAGAAGAUUUGGCUGGAGCAGCCCAGGAUGAUUCUAAAGGCUGUGAUCAUGUCCCUGGCCCUGGUGGCUGGCACCAGUGCCCUGCCUGAGAUGAAUGAUGACGAUAUCAAUAUAUCGGUUAGUGCUGAUGAAGUUGCCACCGUGGUGUGGGACUAUCUCAGCCAGCUGAACAGCGAUGCCAGUGGCACUGUGGAUCAGAGAGCUGAGCUGACCCAGAAGCUCAAAACUUUCUUCCAGGAAAAUAUGUUGGUAAGCUUUCAGGACAAAUUGUUUCCUGACGAGAUGGAGAAGGAGCUGGUGCCUUUUGCCAUAGACCUGUACAAGUGCCUCACCAAGGACUUGCAGAGAAAGAAGGAGGAGAUCCAGAAGGAGCUGGAAGACUUGCAGGGGGAAAUGGCACCCCACACCCAAGAAGUGAAACAGAAAGUCGGGGAUAAUGCACGUCUGCUGCAGAAAAUCCUGAGACCCUACUCAAACAUGUUAAAAGACGUUGUGGACAGAAUGAGUUUUUUGAAUGCUCAGGUAAUAAAAAGCAUAAAGGACUUAGAGAAUGGGCUGAGUGACAAUGCGAAGAGCCUGCAGGCCUUGGUGUCUUCCAUGCCCAACAAGAUCAAGGAGAACUUCAAGAUGAAUCUAUUGGAAUUCCAGGCGAUCCUGAUAGAAUACCAACACGAAAUUAAGAAAAUGAUCAACCAUCCCAUAAAGGAACUGAACAACAGCCUGGCCCCUUUUGUGCAGGACAUGCAUAAACUCAACCACCAGCUGGAGGGCCUCUCCUUCCAAUUAAAUAAGGAGACACUCAAGUUGGUGGCCAACAUCUCUGCCUCAAUCCAGGAGCUGUGGAAGCUGCUGGAGCCAGCCAUGCUGAGGGGCAACAUGGAUGAGCUGCAGAAGUCUCUGGCUAAACUGAACAGAUCAGUCGAAGAGCAGGUGGAGGAAUUCCAGCUCAAGGUGUCCCCCUAUAUAGAAACCUUCGACAAAGCGAUGGGGCAGAAAGUAGAAGAAUUUGGGCAGAAGCUGGGCCCACAUGCAGGGUACAUGGACGAUCACUUGAUCUUCCUGGAGAAGGACCUGAAGGACAAGGUCAAGUCCUCCUUCAAUAGUCUCAAGAAGAAGAUUCAGAAUAGGAAGACUGGGAAUGUACCUAUACCUAACCCUACAGGAGCAGGCACAGAACUCGGCCCUUUAGAGCAGAAUUCUGCCAAUUUGGGAUAGAGCUCCACCCCUUUGCUCCAGAAGUCAGUCUCUUUGGUCCAGGACUCUGCCCCUUUGGUGCACAAUCUUGGCCCUAUAGUUCAUGAUUCUGCCCCUUUGCCCUCAAACUUCACCCCUUUGGCUCAAAGCCUUGCCUUUGUGUCAGACCUCCACCCUUAGAAUAAAGUGCUGCCGCUGGCUCCCCUGUUUCUCCCAUGCUAGCAGCUCGUCCCUUGCUCUGCCCCUUUCUGCCUGUCCACUCCCCAAGCAUUUCUCUAUCUAGCUUGAGGAGACUUGCUCUGUGGAAAGAAUGCCAUCUUUCGCUCCAAAAUAAAGCAGUAAAAACCA